AUGAUCGAUCAAAUCAACGAAGCCAGUGCCAGUAGUUGUAAGUUGGGUUCUGAUAUUUUUACAAAGCUUUAAUUUCGUCUUUCAACAUGAAAUCUACGAUAAAAUUUCUCAACAUUUAAUAACAACAAAAUUUAUUUCAAAUUAAAAAAUUCGAAAUAUAUCUCGAUUCAAAUUUCCAAAGGCUUAUACGACAUUUUUAGCUCGCACUUUUUGGGAAAUUACGAUUCAAAUCUGCGACGAAAAGUUUUUUCUCUUACCGCGUCUCCUAAUUUUCCGUACUCUCUCGUCUACAAAUAUUGUUGAAUAAAUAUUUUGGCGACGCUUUAAAAAAAAAGAACAUUUUCUGAAAUUAGUGUGAGGCCUAUGCCGAGUAUUUAUGCCAAAAUUGGACAAAAUCUCACUUUUUACAUCAUCAUACGUUUAUGAUAAAAAAAUAUAUUUUUUUAAAGUUAAGAUGACUUUUUUAUAGUAUUUAUUUUUACACUUUCCAAAUUUCCCCUUUCGUUGAGAAUUGACACGUACCCGACCCCGAGUACCGCGUGCCCUCCGGUUGUUCGAAAAGCCCUAAGCCUGAUCCCAGUAACCCCCCAAUCUUUUGUAAUGCACUUUCUUCUAAAGGUACGAGCUCAAUUCUUAGACAAAAUAAGCGCUUUACGGCAACGGCAACGAUUCGUAACAUUAAAACAUCACAAAAAACAACUCCUCGCAAGAGAUUAUGCAAUUAUUUUAAUUAAAUUUGAACAAAUUUUGGACCCAUCUCUAAAAAUUAAAGUGUAAAUCCGAUAAAAGAGCAGACAAAAAAUGGUCGGUGUAGGAUGCCUUGGCAUGGAGCUGAGAGGGAUACUGUAAUUUGGCAAUAAAUCGCGGAAAGGUCGAUUUUUUCGAAAAAGUUGGGGUAUUUCGGCUUGUUUUGGCCAAAAAUGAAAUUUUAAAAAUAAAAAUGGAUCAUAAAUCGAUCUUAAACGCCUUUUUCCUCUUCCCCACACCCUUUGGGAUCGUAUGUUAUACUUUAAAGUACUUAAUUAUGCAAAUGCAUUGCUUCGGAUCGAAUUGAUCCUCUUUCUCCGCAUUCUCCUCGGAUUUGAUGCUGAUAAAAGUGUCUUAAACAGUUCAGCAGGCCCUUAAGUUACAUUUUCUAGCACACAAAUAGAGCGGAAGUAAACAGCCAACAAUGGGGAGUGUAAAAUCCCUCUCUUUUCACGUAUUCUGAGGCAAAAUAUGGCCCGGAAUAGCGCCCGAUUAUCCGCGAAACCCGUGAAUCCCAAUCCGUUUACACUUUUGGUUCGGGUACGUACAGUUUUCGGGAUUAGCGGGUAAAAGUUUCGGCCAAAUGUUACUUUGCCGGAGGCAUUUUUCAGAAAUCAGAGAUCAAAGGUUAGAAAUCGCCGGAGGGCAUCGUAAGGGAAAUUCAAAAGAUCAAAAGAUUUUAGUCAUCGUUUUGAGUACACACAUUUGAUCUUGCUGGAGACCUCGGUCUUCAACAUCUACUCUCUUAACGACUCAUCGCAAAUUCGAGCCUUAAUCGUCGUAUCUUCCAUCAAAUUCAAGGUGGAUUUUAAUAAUUGAGAUCCAUGUUUUAAUUGCAAUAUUCUGGACCAAUCUGUUGUCGCCAGAAUUUUCAAUCACGCUAGAAAGCGACUAGUCUCUUCUUUCAGCAAAAGCGAUUAAAAUAAAAUAUGAGAUUUUACAAAAAUUUUAGUCACAAAAUUAUUUUUUAACCAAUGUCUUCUUUUGCAUGAUAGCACCGAACAUGUACUUCUAAAAAAUCUCUGUGUAAUAAUUGAGUUCAAACUUUCAGUGUAGUAAAAACAAGCAAAAUAUAUUCUCAUCGCUUUCGUGAUAUGUGUGGCCAAGAUUAAAUAUGUUACAAUUUGAGGAGUUCCGGUAAAAACAAAAUCCGUUUUUAUGGCCAAGAUGACUAAAAUUAAAAAAAUGUUUUCUUGUGUCCAUACGCAACUUUUUUGGAAUUCUUCUAGUUGUAAUGCAACAGUAGAUACUCGUCGUUACACUAAAAUCAUAUGUUUUGAGCUCAUAAAUUACAUCUUAAUACCAAGAAACCCUUCGAUAUUUUAUUUCCUGGCUGUUGCUCACAUACAAUUAUGGCCUUGGAAAGUAAUUGCACCGUGCAAUUAUCAUCUUUUUCUAUCAUAUUUAUGUCUAAAGGAUGACUAAAAUACUGUGUUCUUUGUGUUUCACAAUUUUUUAACAGUGUUAGACAUGCUUUUCUUUCAUUAUUUGACAUUUAUUUUUGUUGAUACAACCCCUUAGAAUCGCCAAAAUAUGAGCCGUUAAUCGCCCGUACAUCUUCUGACACUCCAAUUAAAUUACUCUGUAAUCCAAAAACUGUUACAAUAAUCGGAGUGGGAUCAAGUUUUGUUCAGGAAAUACCUUUCAAAUAUUAAUGGGAUUAAGCGGAUUAAGGGGCUGAAAACAGUUUGACUCCGCCCUUGGCCGCAGGGUCUGAGACUUGGCAAGAAUUCUGGGAUGGGAGGAGUUUGAUUUGGCAGCACUUUUGGAGGUCAUUCCUGCAAUUACAGGGCUGUUACGACAAAAAAAGGCAGCUAAUAACUUGUCUUUUUAUUUGACUAAAAUUCAAGCUUAACUUUAAAAUUCCUGAAUAAUUCAACAUUAAUCUAUUAUAUUAAGAUCUAUUGAUAGUCCUACUGUAUUGCGGAGGCUAUUUUACACUAAAAAACCUUCAUUUCUUGCUUAUUCUGACCUCUAUCCCCUCUAUCUUCUCCCAAAAAACAUCUUCCCCAACUACUACCACUUUAAAGCGGAGAAUGUUGCAUUUACUGACUUGUAUACGACGUUGUAAGUUCGCGUUCUCUCCACUCACGCGAUUCCCCAUUUAGCGGCGUCUGUGGCCCCAUCUUGGGUGGUCCUGUAUAUGUUUGUAGAUCUCCGUAAAAGUGCAUCAAGACGGGAAAUUGGAGGUUGCCGCUUUUCCCAGCUUGAUGAAUUGCUUGUACUUUUGUUGAUAUUGCGGGGAUUGCGUGAAGUCUACUGUAACGUCGUCUUAUGCAAUGCUUUUUUGUCUCUACUUUUUUGGUAGAAGUCAAAAGUAGAAUAAAUCUGGAGUCGCUUGGUCUUAAAACUUUUAAUUUUCAGCCGAUUUUUAUCCCGAAUCUCCGAACAUGGACAUCGACGUAGUCUCCUUUACCCCCGCCCCCGACAUGAUCUCAAAUCUGGCCAGACAAAAGGACUCCCCCACUCCGAGUUCCUCCUCCAACGGGUCCAACGAAAAAAGAUAUUUCUGUCAACGCUGCCUGAAUCAUCGGCUGGAAUUCCCGAGGAAAGGCCACAAACCUUAUUGCCGGUAAGUUCAAAACGCUAUAGCUAAUUUUUAAUCAUAAAAAACAUAGUUAUUUUUGAUUUCUGAACUAAAAAGCCUUCCAAUUUACUCAUGAGCUUAUUCAAAGUUCUGAAAGAUGUGGAAAAUAUUCAAUUUUUUGGAUUACCGUAUCUUUACGGAUACCAAGUCAAGAUCUGAUCCAAAAAUAAUCCACUUUCCCCAUGCCCGCUCCCAACUUUUCCGGCUUUCGAUAGUUUCGAAAUUCCGAAUUUCCUGUUGCGUAACUGCUCCCCGUUACGCAAUAAUUAUCCCAGAACCCCGGGUUAUAGAAUCUAGAAUGCUCUGGCAUCCUCAAAUUUCUCCAGCCUUUUCUGGAGUGUAUACUUCCGGAUUAAGGAGCUGACGCUCCCAUCUUUCAACAUCAACAAGAUUACAUCUCUGGAAGUGUGAAUGGAUGUAGAUUGCAUUAACAUUUAAUUUUCCCGAAUCAGGAAACGGCUGGUCCGGGUUCUGGCCCCUGGAUUAGCCGUCGCAAAUAGAGGCACAAUAAAAUUAGAGCGGAUUGGGAUAAUUGGGAGACAACAACAAGGAUAAGAUAAGAUGAGGUCGCGGAUAGGGAUAAGGUUGUUUUGGCAUGCGGAGAUCUUUGGAUUCGGAGUGAAUGGGACUAUUAGUUGCUGGGGUAUCCGUCGAUGAUUUCCCCGUCCAAAGUUCCCAAGGAUAAGGUCAGAAAUCAAGGAAUAAAGUUUGUCUGACCGUAUCUUCUGUUUCUCCAUAGACGUUCCAACGAUCGUUUAAAAUUUCGAUUGCGCCUGUGUAACAUUUUCUCAAACUUCCAUUAUAUAUUCUGUGACCUAGGUAUAGCAUAACUGCACACCUUCAGAAAGUGACUAAUUGUUAUCGCAAUUUUUCUCAAGCUUUUUCCGAAUAAUACGAUCGUGUUGUACAAUAGAAAGGAUUUUUCUGUAGGAUUGCAGAUCUUUAAGGUCCAAUUUUAGUCAUUUUUCAAGUCACAAAGACCACACAAAUCUCCAUCACAUGAAGCAGAAAUCUGCUUAGAAUAAGUCUCUAAACCAUUUGCCCUUUUACAAUUUUACUUUAAACAUGUGUUCGCAGUCCUUUCCACUUCGUUUAUUUACACUUUUGUCACAUAACUUGCUCACAUCCUUGUGCCCCAUUGUUUGUUCUCAAACUCCUUUAAUUUGCAUAUCUGCCUGAGGGGAUUAGCGAAUGUUACAAUUACAUAAUCUCGGUCCAUAUUCAAUUAACUGAUUAUUUGCCCCGAGACCUUUAAUCCCUUACACUUUUAUCCCAAUUUGGAGGAUCUCAAUUAAUCCGCGUAUACGAAACAAGGCCCUUUGAGAUUGGAAACUACGUUAGUACGUUUAACAUAGAGUAUGAUAAGAUUACGGACACUUGAUAAGUAGUUCAGUCGGAUUGGAAAAGAUUAGGAAGAAAGAAAUUGGAGAUGACAUAAAAGACGUCAGAAAACGUGAUGACAAUGCGUCUAAUCCGCUCGAAUAUGGACCAUUAGACUCUUAGAAAUGGGAGUUUAGAGAUUAUUAGCCACAGUCUGCGUACAACAGUACAUUAACACGUGUCUGAAACCAAAAGAUCAAGUGCAAUAUACGUUAAAUGUAUUAACAAAUUUUUAAAAAAAAUAUAUAAAUUGUUCGAUUGCAGAUAUGCCAACUGCGAGUGUGAUGACUGCAUUAUGGUGGAAAAGCGGCGGCAACUAAAUAAUCAACUGAGUAAGCGAAAAUUGGACCCAAGUGCGCCAAAGCCAGAGCCCGGCCAGAAGAAAAUUCGGGAUCCAAAAUGCGCGCGAUGCUCGGCUCACGGCAAAGAUCAAGCCCUCAGGGGGCACAAACGAGCGCUUUGCCCAUUCUCGGAUUGCACUUGCAAUUUGGUAAGCCAUACAAAACUUUAAGAUAAAUUUAAAAAUUCUUUUACCAACUGUUAUACAAUCUUUUCAGUGUAAACUUGUGGAAAAUCGCCGAUCUUUGAUGGCUCGGCAAAUAAAGCUCCGUCGAGAUCAACAAAAAGCCCGGAGGGCACAGCAAACUCUGGACGAGGCUGAGGAUGAGAUCAGAAGAAGUAUUGAUCUGGACCUCAGCUCUCCUAUGAGAUCGGAGCCACAGAGGAAACGAUCGAAGCCAUUCGAUCUGGACAAUCUACUCAAGAUCCACAUGAAUGUUGAUGAGAAUAAAAAGCCGGAGGAAAAGAGGAAUGAACAGAUUUCGGCGCCUGUGGCAAUCAGGCCGGAGAUUUCAUUCAGACCCGAGUAAGUGCGGAUUACUGUAACAAAUUCUGAGAUUUCUUUUUACAAAUUAAAUAGCUUUUAACAUAAGUCUUAAUGACUAACAUAAGAAUCUUAUUUGCAGCCUUCCCAUUCAAUUUAUGCCCCUCCCAAUGCUGGAUCACUACAAUAAUAUGAACCAAAGUCCCUCCCCUCCUCAACUUCUUCCCAACUUCCAAUCUCCGACCACUUCCUCUCCUCUCACAACUCAACCAACGACUCUCUUCAACCCAACCCUUCCAAUCAAAGAAGUUCCGGCGCUGAUGAAUCCCUUAACAUCGGCAUCCAGUCCCCUCGGCUCCCCUCUUCUCCCACCCACCAGUUCCAAUCCCUUGUCCAAAUUGAUCUUCGAGAAUCAGCCAAUAAUGCCUCCGGCGAGUACGGUUGUCCCAUCGGCUCCAGUGGAAUGGUUCCGUCAAAAUCCGAGUGUUUGGAGCAAGGAGACGCCCGAGUUCAAUGCGACCGGCUUGCCUGAUGUGGUGCCCAUCUCGACCGCCCUGCUCCAGCAACUCUUCUCGUUGGCCGCCAAGAACCUAUAA